UUGUCUGGCUCAGUCGAGUCCCGGCUCUCCCCCGCGCGUAAUGCGGACCUGUCCCUGCACCGGACACCGGAGAGACACCCGAGGACAUUCACAUCUGCAAACGGCCAACACGCGGCAUAGUUCAUGUUGGACAUUUAUAUUAAAAAGAGACAAUUUCAAAAGGGAAGGGAUUUCUUAUUUUUUUGAAGUCUGAUAGCAUCCAUGGACAUGUUUUGACUUUUUUUUGUGCGCGUAGUUUUCAAAGUGAAGAAGAAGAAUGGUAAUGCACACACAUCUUUUCUCUGGAAGCUCACGGUCGAAACGGAUGGCCACGUUACUUCAGACGGGUCUGGUCCUGCAGCUGGCCCUGUGGGACACGACAGCGGCCAUCCACCCAGACUGUGCCCUGGUGGUUCAGCACAUGAAGGCUCAAGAACAAUGUUACCAGAUCCUCAGACAGGAGGAGAACAACCUCUCUACCGGGACAGGCUGUCUUACAGAGUGGGAUGAUAUCCGCUGCUGGCCUCGGGCAGAUGUGGGACAGGUGGUCAGCGUCUCGUGUGCCAAUGCGUCCCAGCUGUUUGCUAACAACAACGGUUACAUCUACAGGAACUGCACUGAGCGUGGAUGGGCCGAGCCCUACCCGUCCUAUGACGAGGCCUGCGAGUUCACUGAGUACGGAGACGCAGGUCCAGAGACGACAUACUUCUCCAACUUCAAACAGGUGUACACGGCGGGCUACGCUACCUCGCUCAUUUCUCUUAUUUCAGCGAUCUUUGUCUUUACCGUGUUCAGGAAGUUCCACUGCACCAGGAACUACAUCCACAUCAACCUGUUCUUCUCCUUCAUCCUGAGAGCGAGCGCUGUCUUCAUUAAAGAUGGCGUUCUUUUUUCGGAUGUAGACCUGGACCACUGCUUCAUGUCUACGACAUCCUGUAAAUCCGCCGUGGCCUUCUUCCAGUUCAGUAUCCUGGCCAACUACUUCUGGCUGCUGGUGGAGGGCAUGUACCUGCAGACGCUGCUUGCUCUCACCUUUGUCUUCCAGAAGAAGUACUUCUGGUGGUACAUACUCAUCGGCUGGGGUGUCCCAACAACGAUCAUAACGGCGUGGAUCCUCACUCGAAACUUCUACGAUGACAAGGGGUGCUGGGAUGACACAGAUGUGGCCAUAAUCUGGUGGAUCAUAAAAGCUCCAAUAACCGCAUCACUACUGGUGAACUUCAUCAUCUUCAUCAACGUGAUCCGCAUACUGGUCCAGAAGUUGACAUCUCCUGGUGUCGGUGGCAACGACACCAGUCACUUCAAGAGGCUGGCCAAAUCCACUCUGCUCCUCAUCCCUCUGUUUGGGAUGCACUACAUGGUUUUUGCUUUCCUGCCAGAAAACACAGGAGCAGAGGCCCGAAUCUUCAUAGAGCUCGGUCUGGGAUCCUUCCAGGGAUUUGUUGUGGCCCUGCUUUACUGUUUCCUGAAUGGCGAGGUGCAGGCAGAACUGAAGAAGAGGUUUUGGAAGUGGCAGACUCAGAGUUACCUGAGGUACAGUAAACGACGGCGUACGCUGUUCACUGAAAGCAGCACGGUCACUCAGAUCUCCGUCUUGGACAAAUCCAGCCCCAAAGAUCAGCCGGCCUCAGAGACACACGCCCUCACAGCCAGCAACAUCUCCACUGUGUGAGGAACAUUCCCCAACGUUCAUGUCCUACGUUACACCUGCUCGGUAUUUGGACGACGUCCUUAGCAGGUGACUAAACCUCGGAGCCUGAUUGUUGAAUGUUUAAAGUUCCCCUUAACUUGGUUGCAGAGUCCCACACGGGCUGCCAAACUUAGGUCUUUCAUUCCUUUUCUAUUAACACUAUCCCACACCACUUUCCCUCAUGAUACUACGCAUUGUUUCCGGCUUAAGACAGAGAGACCACAUGUGCUAUUAACCUUUGUUUGUAUCACAGGCAAGAUUUAGCUUUGGAGUCCCUCAAACCACUAAAUUAGUUCUUUUACUGAAGUGCUGAUAUCUAUUGCACCAUGAAUGUGGUUUGAAAACAUUGUCCUUUAAGUUAAAAAUCAACCACAUUAUACUAAAAGUAACAAUUAUGAUUAGUUUCUUUGAGUCCUUCUAGUUCAACUGUUCUGCUUCGUGUUAAAAUUUAUUCAGUUGUUAAUUGUGUUGUUUUUUUCAAAGGGGGAAAUAUACAUCAACUAAAAUAGAUUGUCCUCUGUUGUGGUCUCAAGUAGCCAGAAGACAGACAAUGGUCCAAAAGGGGUAAAAGCAGAACAGGACAUGUUGUAACAGGACUUUCACUCAGGACAUUGGGGUUUGAGUCCUCCGUGAAACCAAAAGUCAACUGCGUUUAACGGACGUUAUAAGUGACGCAAUGAAGUCCGCUACGUCACGUUACGUCCUCAUUUUAGUGGUUUUACGUAAUUUUAAGCCCUGAGCCCUUAACCUUAACCCUAGCCUAUAUCAACAACGUUUUAUUUGCGUGAUAGUUCAGGUGCCGCUGGAAUGUCGCUUAUUUUUCGCCCGGAUGUCCGUCUCCUUUCUAUGUGUUGCCGUUCUAAGCUCUAGUGGAUUUCUGAGGACUAUGGUUACCUGGUCCUCAGAUCUCUGCAGGGUAAAUCCAGACAGCUAGCUAGACUAUCUGUCCAA